AUGGCGUCUCCGAAGGUUACCUCGGCCCUUGCGUCCAUCGAAGCCACACCCCACCAGCCAACCAAGCUCCAACAAUACAACGACCUUCUCAAUGACAUCGUGGCUAGCUCAUCUGGCGAUGAGCUCGCCCAAGAUAUAGUCUACUACCUCGAUUCGAUCCUUAACGAAGAUGUCAGCAUCGUCGCAACACGACCCCUCCUCGAUUCCUUCAUCACCGUCCUCCGUAACUUCGACCCGCAUGUCAAGAUCAAAGUUGGUCAACACGCUGUCAAUUUGCUUCAAUCUCGCGCCACUUCGGUGGAAGAGCAAGACUCGCAGAUCCGUGAGAUCUUGGCAGAGGCCUACGAGUCAGAGGAAGAAUAUACCGCCGCGGCGCGAGCGCUGUCGGGGAUUAAUAUCGACAGCUCGCAGCGGCUGGUCUCCGAUUCAGCCAAGGCUCGACUUUGGAUCCGUAUCGUGCGGUAUUACCUGGAGGACGACGACACGACCAGUGCAGAGGCAUUCUUGAAUCGUAUCAAGAAUCUGCCCAGCAAGCUUGAGGACCACGAUGCCAAACUAUACUUUCAGCUGUCGCAGGCGCGGAUUCUCGAUGCUCGUCGGCGGUUCUUGGAUGCCGCACAGGAAUACUUCAGUGUCAGUCUUGCUCCGGGUGUCGAUGAGGGUGACCGUCUCACGGCCUUGUCGGCUGCUAUCCGCUGCGCGGUUCUGGCACCUGCAGGCCCGCAGCGUUCGCGUACUCUCUCCCGUCUAUACAAGGAUGACCGUGUUCCGUCAGUACAUGAGUUCUCCAUCCUUGAAAAGAUGUUCCUCGACCGUCUUCUGAAUGCCGACGAAGUUGCUGCUUUCUCCAAGAAGCUCCAGCCCCACCAACUCGCUGUCACUGCCGACGGCACUACUGUUCUCGACAAGGCAGUUAUUGAGCACAACCUUGUAGCUGCGAGUAAACUCUACAUGAACAUCUCCGUCGACGCUCUUGGCUCCAUUUUGGGCCUCCAGGACUCGAGCGACAUGUCCGCUGGCGAGAAGGCACAGGAUUACGCUGCUCAGAUGGUCGAACAAGGCCGUCUCAGCGGACAGAUUGACCAGAUUGAUGGAAUAAUCACAUUCGACACCGAGGCUGCUGGGUCGACUGGUGCGACUGGCGCGAGUCUUCGUCAAUGGGAUCUGGGCGUGCAGGAACUUGCUGAGGAUGUCGAACGGGUGGCAGCUAGUAUCACUGAACAGUUCCCGGACUUCGCUACAAGUCAAAUGGUGCAUUGA